AUGGCAGACUGGGUGGACUUGACUUCGACGGUGCGCAGGACCAGAGGCGAUGUGCCUCCUCCUCUCGUCGGUGCAUCCGUCACCCUCGUAGGCGACUCGAUCUACGUCUUUGGCGGACGACCCGUCGCGAGCCGCGAGAUGGUCGACACGCUGUAUGCGCUCGACCUGCGCCGACUCGUCUGGGACAAACUCUGGCCCCCUCCCUCGUCCGCUCCUCCAGCCUCGAAGGGCCCGACACCGCGAUAUUUCCACUCGGCGGCGGCUUGGGAGGACAAGCUCGUUGUUUUCGGAGGGCAGAGGUUCGUGCCGGCUUUGGGGUCGGGGGCGGGAAACGGCGAGGGACACCUCGAGACGCUGGACGAGUUGAUCGUGUGGGACACGCAGGAAAGGUGUUGGUCAUUCCCCAGCACUGCAGUGCGGAACGGCGCGAAGAGGCCUACCCCUCGGUAUGCCCACCUCAGCGUCGUCUCGACCGUCUCGACCGAACCUAUCGCGCUCUUUCCCCCGUCCUCCUCCUCUCUCCCCGCUUCUCGACGACCCUCAGACGCCCCGACCUCUUCACGCCUCCUCGUCCUCGGCGGCCAAGACUACGAAAACAACUACGUCUCGGACCUCGCCAUCCUCGACCUUUCCACGAUGGAGUGGGUCGCGCAUGCGCAGUAUCCGAGGAAGGCGGGAACGUAUAGGUCUGUUGCGGCUGUGGGAGCGGUGGGUGUUAGGCCGAGGGAAGAGAGGGGCGCGAAUGUCGUGUCGAGUUGGGCCGAGGGACCGACGGAGGAGAGGGAGGAACCGGUUUAUGUUUUCUCCAAUACAAACUUUGCGGCUCCCCGCCGCGAUCUCGACCGCCUGCCAACAAUCCACGACUCCCUCCCCUCGCCCGCCUACACCUCCCUCGCCGACUCUCUAACAGGCGACUCCCACCCCCCAGGCCUACGCUUCCCGCACGCCUAUAUCUGCGGCACACACCUCGUCCUCUCCGGCGCCGACGUCGGCCCCGAUUCAGCCCGCUUCGUCGUCUGGACGCUUGAGCUGACGAGGAUGCGAUGGGAGCGAGUAGCGGUCGAGAAGGUGUUUGGGAAGAGUAGUUGGGGACCGGCGAUUGGGUGGAGGAAUACGCUGGUGGUUGUCGGAGCGGGAGAGAGGGAUUUGCUCGAGGACUAUGCGUCGAGACAGACCAAUUUCUCGCAAGUCGCGUUCGUCGACCUCGAAGGAUUCGGCGUCUACGUUCCUCCCUCGCAGGCUCUCCCUCCCGCACAACAACAACUCGGCCUCGUACAGCUCUCGCAGACGCAGCUACACGAUUUCGAGAUCGUCUGCAGCGACAAGGAGCGGUUGGGGUGUAGUCGGAGGGUGCUUGAGGCGCGGUGGCCGUGGUUCGCGGAGGAAUUGGAGGCGGUUAGGGCGAGGCAAGAUGCGGCGAUUGAGGCGCGGCACCAGCGGGCGGUGAUUGGCUCGCCCGCGUACGCUGACUCGAGCGACGACGAGCCUAUCGAUGGAGCGCUACAGCGAGCGAGUUCGCCUUUACCGAGCAGGCGGGCAGCUCGUUCGACCGCGACGAUCCGCCCACCGUCCCGCGUCUUUCCUCUCACGACUUCGACUCUCCACCUCCCGCUUCCUUCGUCAGACGUCAAAGCCCUCCUGCAGUACUUCUACUCCCUCUCCCUCCUCACGCCUCUCCAGCGCUCUCUCCCGACCCUCUCCUCCUUCCUCUCCUUCACAAAAACUCACGACACGGUCCUCCCAUCCCUUCGGACACUCGUCGUUCACGCACUCCACGAAACGCUCGACGACCACCCCGAAGCGGCGGCUAAGGUGUACGAGGCGGUGGCGCUGGGCGACUCGGUUGCGCUGCAGAUUAGGGCCAUGCAGGUCAUGCUCAAGGGUGGGAUGGCGGGUGAUGCGAGUCCGUUGGCGGGAGAAGCGAGGAGGGGGAGCGCAUCGACGGAUGCGGGAAGGUCGAGGUAUUCGCUCUACAGUCAAGCGUCGAGCUUGUCGGCCUAUUCGGGCCUCGAGUCGGGCAGCGACCACGGCCACUCGAACCUCAUGCGCUCUCCCGCCUCGCACGCCAGCAGUCCUCCUUCAUCCGUCUACAACGGCGGCAGCCUCGCCGGAUCGAAGUUUACGACGCCGUCUUCGCCUCUGCCGCCGCUUCCGCCUCAGGCCUCGCCACUCCCUCCUCUUCCGCAGCAAAACGCCUCGCUUCCGUCUCUGCCGCCGCCUAUCACGCAGGCUCCGCUUCCUCAACCUCCUUCCGCACCCUAUUCGCCUCCGUGUCCUUCGCAUCCCGCCUCUCGCUCGCAAUACCCAGCUUCCCGCGUACAGCCCAGCGGGCGAACCUCGUCGCUGGGCGUUCUCUCCGAGACGAGCGACACCUCGACUUUCUCGCAUAGCCCGUCUCAGCUACCGCCUCCGCGUCUCGUUCACUCGCCGACGCCCUCGAUGGCCAUCUCGUCCUCGACGCCCGCUCGGAUCGCCGAAGCCUGGCGCGAGGCGGAAGAGCGAGACCGCCAACAGCGUGCUGAAGCGCAUCGACUCGCUGCAGAAGCCGAGCUCGCGCGUUCGGCAGCUGCCCUGCGCCUGCAGACGGAGCGGAAAGGCAGUACGGUCAGCGUGACCUUUACGCCUGCACCGGCUGAACAGGCCGCUCGCGAAUUCGCGACGUCGCCUUUUCCGCCGGCCGUCUCGCCUACUCCGAGCGUGUCGGAUCUGUACCACCAGACAGGCGACACGGGCUCGAUUCAUACGACCGGUUCGAGCGGGUCGGGCGGGACGAAGGUCUCGACGGAGAAGGUGCAGCAGAAGGCGGCUGUCGCAGUCAAAGCCGUCAAGAAGGGCUUCUUUUCGAGCCUCAUCGCCGGCCCGACGAUGCACAAUGCCGGCGUCCAACGAGCUGUCCCGACUGGUCCGCCCGUCCGCAAGACCUACCCUGCGCCGCGCGCGAGGACAGCCAAGGGAGCGCAGGCGCUCGCAGCGAAGGCUGUCGUCGACGAUGGAGCUUCGGCCGUCUCGGGCCUCUCUUCCGGCGGCUCGUCUGGCGCCUCCUUCCGCCUCUGA